CACAUUUUAAGUCUCCUAUAGGACCUGACACAAUUCAAGACUUCUAUAGCACCCCACAGUGCAGCAGCAAUACGAUAAGGUGAAGUAAAUGCAGGAUUUAAUGAAGAGGGGGGUAGGUACACCGGUUCAGCAAUAAAAAGGGUAGUUGGCACAGAACAAAAACUUGCAGAGAAAAAAUGUCUUCAAAAAAGAGGGUUCGGGUUGAGCUUACUGAAGAAAUGAAGGAACAAGUUCUCAGAGAAAGAAUUGAAUAUCACUUGGCUCAUCCAGAGGAUACAAGGGGAUGAUCAGAAGAUAUUAAUGGACUAGUAGAAUCUCAACCUGAUUCUGACCCUAAUUAUGUAGUUUAUUUACGGAGUUCGAUUGAUCUUCAGAAGGAGUACGGCUGUUUUGGUAGUGAUGAAGGAAGUACUGAGGAUGUUCAUGGUUCAAGUUCUUCAGAGAGUGACAGAGAUGAAGAUGAAGAGGUGAGCUGUGAAGAGGAUGGGGAGAGCAGAGCAGGAGAAGAAGAGGAAGAAGAAAAAAGUGAUAAAGCUGAAGCUCAGAUUGAAACCUCAUCCAAAACAAUAUAGCAGGAAGGAGAGGCUGAAGAUGUUCCUCCCUGAGAUGAUUGUUGGGGUGUUGUUAUCAACGCCAGCAGGAAAGGUCGAACAACUGGGUUCAUAAUAGUGCUGCACCUCAAACUCAUCAUAUUUGGCAAAUUGUGAUUUGGUACGUUCCUAUGCAGCUAAUAAAGAUGAACCGAAGCAAGAUCUUUAUGUCAGCCAAUGUCAACAGCGCCUGCGGCUGCUUGUAUUACUGGUUGGAACGCUGAUGAUGAAGCCCGUGGUUCUUGUAAGAAAUGUGGCCGUGUUGAUCUUCAGGUUUGUCUUGGUUCUUGGAUAAAUUUAAGGUGAAUGGGGGGAAGGAGUUUUAAGUACUUGCUAAAAAAACUCUUGCUUUUAAGUACAGAAUGGAGACUUUAACAACUUUAUGUGAUCUUAGGGGUUUAUUGUAUGUUAAAUCUGAGUUCAAUGCAGUAAAAAAGGGGGAUGGAUUGGUUCGGGUACUACCAGAAAACCCUAAUGAGUGUCAAGAGAUUGUGAGGGAUUACAUAAAUUAUGAUCCAAAAACAGCAGCAGGGAAAAGAAAAAGGGGUGAUUCUGAAUGUACUAAUGAUAACAAGAUGAGGAAAUUCUGCAAUGAAGAUGUUAAAGAAGAGAACCAACAAGAUAAAUUCAUUGAUCAGAAGUUGAAUAACUUAUCUGUUGAAGAGAUUCAAAGGAUUGAAAGGAAUUUCGAGCCCAUGCUUGGUAUGAUUUCAGAGAGAAUAGAUCAGUUGAUGAUGGAGAAGAACAAAUCUGUGGCAAAGGGUUGUAAUGAAGAUGAUAUGGUUAUGUUGAAUGAAUCCCCCUCCUCUCUUCCACUUGAAACUAAAUUUGAUUAUCAACCUUCAUCACCUACGGGUUUUUCUAAUUACAAUUCUGCUUUGGAGAAGGAGUUUGAUUAUGAUGUUAAUCAAUGGCUUAUGUUUGAGCCUUUUCCUGACGUGACCGACUUCGAGUUCCAGGCGUUGAGUAAUUAUGCAGGCAGCUUUACUGAUAUGAUGAUUAACUGCUGCUGAACAAAAGACUAGCUACUGCUGCUGACUACUAGUUUGGUAAUGUUGGAUUUGUAAUGCAGUCUGUCUCCUGCAUUGAUAAUUUCAGAUGUGCAGUGUAAUAUGAUCAAGUGCUGAAAACUGCUACUAGUUAGUGCCGACUGCGGAAUCAUUUUUUUUUCCUUUUGAUUUUUGUUAUCUAUGUAAUGUAAUAAUUUCGCAGAUGCACUGAGUACUUGUUUCCAAAUGUUGAAUUGAUAAUGCAGUCU